AUGGCCGGAACGAAGCGGAAGAGGACUGACCUGACAGCCGGAAUGAGGAAGCGAAUCUGCGUCCGGUUUAAAGAGAACCCGUCUUCCCACCUCGAACUCGCUGAAUGGGCAAAACGGGAGCUAUCCCUGGAUGUAGGAAGGUCAACCAUCACCACUGUACUCAAGGAAGCAGACAAAUGGCUGAAAGUUUCCACGGACGAGUCUAACAGAGUUCGAGCACGACCACCGAAACAUGUGCAGCUCGAGAGAUCCCUGCAGCUAUGGUUCAACGACGUCAGAGCGAAAGGAGCUAUCAUCAACGACGCCAUGCUCACGGAGAAGGCCAAAGUGUACGGAACGCUUCUUGGAAUUGAGGGCUUUAGCUGUUCUGCGGGUUGGCUGAGCCGUUUCAAGAAUCGCAAUGGAAUUCGCAACUUUCAGCUUCAUGGCGAGGCUGCGUCCGUCGACGAGAACACCGUGGCACUGGGUAGAGCUAGGCUUCGUGAAAUUCUGGCCAGCUACAGCGAGGAUGAAAUUUACAAUCUCGACGAAACAGGACUGCUUUUCAGGUUGGGCCCAAUGUCAUCACUUGCAACGACGCAUGCCGCUGGAACAAAGCGUAGCAAGGACGCAUCACCGUAG